AUGCCGCGCGAAGCCGCCAGUGGUCUCUGGCGGUCGGAGGACAUGAAGAUGCUGCAGCUCACCAUGCAGCGAGAGGCGGCGCACGACUCGGUGCUGAAGCUUGGGCAGCUCGCUGGCUUUCAGUUCAUCGACCUCAACACCGACGUGAGUGCGUUCCAGCGUGACUUUGUGCAAGAGGUGCGCCGCUGUGACGACAUGGAGCGCAAGCUGCGCUACCUGCAGGAUGAGAUUAAUAAGGCAGGUGUGACGGCCAUUCCUGACCUGGUGGCGGAGAAGGAGACGAUGUUCUCGCUGGAGCACAAGGUUGACGAACGUGAGAGUGAGGUACGCGAGCUGAACGAGCAGUACCAGUCACUUAUCGAGGAGCGCAACCGCUCGCGUGAGCAUCUGGAGGUGCUCAGCCGUGAGUUCGGCGGAUCCUCGACGCAGAGCCGUGGUCUUAACUUGUUGACAGGCGUCAUUCCAAAGGAACGUCUUGCGACCCUAGAGCGCCUCGUGUAUCGCACCACCCGUGGCAACUCGGUGAUGCAGACGGACGAUAUAAAAACACCGUUUUACAACACUACGACAAACCAAGCCGUCUACAAGUGCAUCUUUGGGAUUUACUUCCCAGCACCGCGCUUGCGGGAGACUCUUUCAAAGAUUAGUGAAGUGAACGGCGCCACUCUCUACGCCUAUGCUGAGAAUGAGGAACAGCUGCAGGGCAUGCGAGAUUCGCUCCAAAAUCAAGUGGAGACGGUGACACAUACGUUACAUCAGUCUGCACUUCGUCAACGUCAGCUUCUGAUGGCGCUCGCAGGCAACGUGUAUGAAUGGCGCCGCGCUGUCGCCGUUGAGAAGGCAGUGUACUCGACGAUGAACAUGCUGCGUUUCAGCGGCGCAACGGCGGUCGCGAAGGGAUGGGCACCAGUGCGCGCGUUAGAUGACAUACGGGCGGUGCUUCAGGAGGCCGAGCACCUUAGCGGUGCGCAGGUGCUGACGGUUGUGGAGGAGCUCGUGGCGAAAGGGACGCCGCCCACUUAUUUCCGCACGAACAAAAUCACGAGCUCCUUCCAGGGCAUCGUUGACAGCUACGGCAUGGCGCGCUACAAGGAGGUCAACCCAGGCGUUUUUACGAUCGUCACCUUCCCGUACCUAUUCGGCGUCAUGUACGGUGAUAUUGGACAUGGCGUCAUUUUGACCGUCUUUGCCGCAUUUCUCAUCUUCAUGGAGAAGAGCUGGGAGGGGAAGCCGCUUAAUGAGAUUUUUGCCAUGAUCUUUGGGGGCAGAUAUCUGCUGCUGUUUAUGGGUCUUUUCGCCGUGUACCUUGGCUUCCUCUACAACGACAUGUUUGGCUUUUCGGUGGAGGUGUUUGCUUCCGGCUACCGCUGGCCGCAGCUGCCACCAAACGGGCCGGAGGGGACCGUCCGCCCUUUAUCACCUACUGGUGUGACGCCUGACAGCAGUGUUAUUUUCGGCAUUGAUUCGGCAUGGGCAGAAACGGAGAAUAAGCUGGAGUUUUACAACUCUAUCAAGAUGAAGUGUUCUGUAAUUAUUGGCGUUGUACAGAUGAUGGCGGGAGUUGUGCUGUCAUUAAUGAACCAUCUUUACUUUGGAGAUAAGCUUCAGGUGUGGUUCCGCUUUGUGCCCGAAAUUGUGUUUCUCUCGUGCACCUUCGGCUACAUGUGUCUCCUCAUCGUUGUAAAGUGGUGCAUCGCGUGGGAGAACCGCACACACGAUGCACCGUCGCUGUUAGAGACCAUGACAAAUUUCUUUCUUCAGCCUGGAACCGUGACGGUUCCUCUGUACAAGGGACAAGCCGUUAUUCAAGUCAUCCUGCUCCUCAUUGCCUUCGCGAUGGUGCCAUUGCUUUUAUGCGUGAUUCCGUACAUGGAGAAGAAGCAUCAUGACGAAAAAAUGGCUCGCAAGUCUCUCCUGGAUGAGUCGGACGAAGAGGAGGAUGAUUUCGACUUCAGCGAGGUCAUGAUCCACCAGGUUAUUCAUACUAUUGAGUAUGUCCUCGGUUGUGUUUCCAACACCGCGUCGUACCUGCGUCUGUGGGCGCUUUCUCUCGCCCACUCGCAGCUGUCGGAGGUGUUCUGGAACUUCGCAUUCCUCCUGACGGUCGGCCUGGACGGUGGGUUGGGUCUUUUUGUCUUUGUCGGGUUCUGUGUGUGGAUGUGCGCGACGCUGGGUGUUCUGUUGGGCAUGGAGUCUCUCUCCGCCUUUCUGCACGCCCUUCGUUUGCACUGGGUGGAGUUCAACAACAAGUUUUACGCCGCCGACGGCCACGCCUUUGCCCCGUUCGAUGUUGCAGAGGUUCUUAGUAAACUAAAUUGA